CAUCGCUAGGUGGCAGAAAAUUUCUUGUAUUUACUUUAUUCGAUUGGCCCAACUGUGACUGUUUUGUUUUUGAAGACCCUCUCUGUUCGCCUGUUGUGCGUUAAUUUUUCCCAGCUGCUCCCAGAGAUUAACCCGAUAGGGACCAGCGAUCCGGAGUCAUGUCUACGCAGCAUGCGGAGAACGAGGAGAUUCCAGCGCAGAAGUCCAAGCGACCUUCAGAUUCGGCCUUCAAGCAGCAACGCCUGCCCGCCUGGCAGCCCGUUCUCACCGCCCGCACAGUCCUGCCGACGUUCUUUGUGAUCGGAGUGCUCUUCAUACCCAUCGGUGUCGUCCUGCUGCACCUGUCAAAUACGGCCAAUGAACAUAUCAUCGACUAUACCUGGUGCGGAAACGGGAACGGUAAUUGUUCCGACUAUCUGGAGAAGAACCCGGGUGGUCAGUGUACCUGCACGAUAAACUUUACCCUUCCUAAGGAUUUCAAUGGUGUGGUGUACAUGUACUAUGGCCUGACCAACUACUACCAGAACCAUCGGCGUUAUGUGAAGUCGCGCGACGACGAGCAGCUGCUAGGCCACCUCUCGCAGACGCCCAGCUCGGACUGCACACCCUUUGCCAUCGAUCCAGACACCAACAAGCCGAUUGCGCCCUGCGGCGCCAUCGCCAACUCGCUGUUCAAUGACACGCUUUCCCUGUCGCAAGCUGGCUCGGAGAUCAAGCUGCUCAAGACGGGCAUUGCGUGGCCAUCGGAUAAGCGAGUGAAGUUCCGCAAUCCGGAGGGUAACCUUAACGUGUCCCUCCAGGACUUUGCAAAGCCCUUGUUCUGGCAAAAGGGUUUAGCUGAUUUGGACCCCGAGAAUCCGGAGAACAAUGGUUUCCAAAACGAGGAUUUGAUCGUGUGGAUGCGAACUGCGGCACUGCCCAGCUUCAGGAAGCUCUAUCGUCGGUUGAACCAAACUGAACCCGCCUAUGCAAAAGGUCUCAAGGCUGGCGAUUAUACGCUGAACGUCAAGUAUCAAUAUCCAGUUGUCUCGUUUGAUGGCACCAAGCGUAUGAUCCUGUCAACCACCUCUGUGCUAGGUGGCAAGAAUCCUUUCCUGGGCAUCGCCUACAUUGUGGUUGGCGCUAUUUGCAUCACUUUGGGCCUGGCCCUGCUCUUUAUUCACGUGCGCUGCAGUCGCAGCAGCAACAUGGAGAUGAUCAACGUGAAUCCGCACACGCAGUACUCUUAGGCCCGGCACCACCAGCGACAGCAUACCCGGCUGCAUCACAUAUAGCUUUAGUAGAAUUCAUCUGUAUAAGCCCUAUCUGCAUAAAGUAAUCUAUAUUGAUUAACUCUUGCACCAUGUAUUCUUCUCGAUCCUAAUUUUCGCAGUAUGUUUAUCCCCAGGAGGAGCUGGCUGUGCCCCUUGUUAAACCCCAUUCUGUUCUCCGCUUAUGCAUCCGUAUAAGAUUUGUGAUUUUUUUAUAUAUUAUUAUUUUGUUACUAACUUAUAACUCGUAUCCUUGCGCAUGACAUGGGAAGAACCACACACGCACUUCCACCCUUGCUUUUAAAAAUGGCAAACAAGUAAUGUUUUACUUCGUGCCUUUUGCCUAAUCUAUUAAUACGUUUAUGAGUGCUAAUAAAUAUUUUGUAAUGACCACAGGUCGGUCUUUAAUUCGAA